CACAAGUCUUUCUGGGCACGAAGAAGAUGAAAAUGGCUGCCACACUCAUAUCGUUGUUCGCCGAUCCGAACGGACAACUCUCCAUGGGAGUGUUCAAUAGCCAGUUUGCCAAAUUGAAGUACACUGCUAAUGUUGCCCUUGAAUAAUGAUCAUGAAUAACUCAGGCCUUCUAGGAAAUUUGCAGAUGAAAUCUUUGGCCUUGGUGGCUGGCUUAGCAACAGGGAUCCCUGUAGUUGUCCUGGUGUCAAUUUACAUGGUGUAUUGCUGCUGUCGGCGGAAGCAGCAAGAUCUACAAGAACCUCGUCUGUGGAGGAUUAAGGAUACCUCCCAUGAUCCAUAUAUUCCACCUUUUGUACCAAGAAUAGUACAGAAAUUUGUGCAACAUUCUCAUCAUGGAACUCGUAACAGUAGUAGUGCAACGUCUGCUCAGACUUCACCAUUAGAAGAGAAAUCAUUUUUCAGUGAGGAUUCUGGUUCAUAUCGAACAGCACCUGAUGAUGCUGGCAUUCCAGAAAAGAGACAUAGUUUGGGUAGUUUUGAGGCACUUAAUGUGCCAACAAUUAGACGAUCAUCCCUUCUUCAACUUAGUACCUCAAGUGGAGAUAGCUCAGAAAGCAUCUAUGAGCAAAGAAAGAGCUCAGAUGUCAAGUCUCCCAAGAGUUUUCCAAAAAGCAGCAGCAAGUCUUUUGAAUUUGUGAGGCCAAUUCCAGUCAAACCACUCAUAACAAUUACUAGAGUAGAAUCUAAGGAUGAUAUGAGCACGAAAGUGCAUGGAGGUGAUGUAGAUCCAAAUGGCCAGAGUCAUUCAGACUCACAAGUCCUACCUGUCAGGAAGCCACCUAAACCUUCUCGUAGCUUAGAUAAUGUUUCUGUCCCAUCAAGAGCGAGCAAAGAGAGGAAAGGAAGUACUGACAGGAAUUUGGCAGAGGGGAGGAAAGAAAGUGGUGCCACUGAAGGGGAAUUAAAAGUUAAACAAGGAACUAUUACCAAGAUUCCUGUGAACAUUCCAUCCCAAGUCAUUCAUUCACAUAAAGAUACCAGACGAAGGAGCUCACACAGUGGUCUAGGCAGAUUAAAUGUGUCAUUACAAUAUAAACAGACCAGCUGUGACUUAUUUAUAAAGAUCCUCCAGGCUCGAGAACUGCCCGCAAAAGACCUACGUAACAACACAUCUUCACCGUAUGUUCGAGUUUAUGCACUCCCAACACGGAGACAUAACCACAGAACAACAGUUAUUGAAAAGAACCUGCAUCCAGUAUGGAAUGAAUUGUUUAUUAUUAGUGGGCUCACUCUAUCUGAAAUUAGACAACUUGCGUUACAUUUUCUGGUCAUACAUCAUCAGCCAGUGUCACGCAAUGUUGUUAUAGGAGAGGUGAUGAUGACUUUGGGUGGAUUGGACCUAACAGGAGGAGAAGUAAAUGUUUGGAGAGAAAUCAGACCUCAUCAGUUUCAAAAUAUUCUUGGUGAUUUGCAUGUGUCUGUUUGUCAUCAACCACUGUCAAGUAAACUUUCAGUAACUGUGUUAGAAGCAAAAAACCUGCCAAAAAUUAGCAGUCUCAACAUAGGAGAUCCAUAUGUCAAGGUGGAAUUGUUUUCUUCAAACCGCCGUGUUGCUAAGAAGAAAACCCGUGUGAAAAAGAAAACAGUAAACCCAAAGUUCGCCCAGACCUUUACAUUUGACCUGGGAGGAAAAGUGGCACUCGAUCACAUGACCGUGAUGUUUACUGUACUAGUGCAAGAUUCAAGUGGAUGCCAUGAACGGGUCGGCCAAGUGGUAUUGAGCACAGCAGCAGGUGAUGGGCCAGAGUUUGACCAUUGGAGUCAGGUGAUCUGCAAUCCACAUUGCCCUAUUGACCAGUGGCAUAUGAUACAUGAAUAGGUCAUCUGCAAUCUGUUUACAAAUGUUUUUAUGGUUUAACAGAUAAACAAUAGCCUCCCUCUAUUUGGUGUGAAAAUAUGGACAGAUCUUUGUCGGCAAACUCUAUUUGGACCGAGAUACGAACAGAGAGCGAAGCUUGAGGAAACUGUGAGCUUUGAGGAACAGAUAAUGUCCAAAGACGAAUAUAGGAACAUCUUUUAUAGGAUAUGGGAACAUGUGUUUAUUGUUCUUCAAAUAGUAUUGCAACGUGCGGGAAAAUGUUUUCUUUGGUACGACUCUGUGAAUAAACAAACAUGUCCCUUAUCCUGUAACAAUAGAACAACACUCUGUCGUCUUGAAUUAGAUUCUAAACAAAGCUUUUAUCGUAUUGAAUGUAAAAUUUGAAAAUUGAGGAAUAUCACUUGGGGUAUAUCUUCAGAUAUUCCCUAGUUUUAGCUGGAGAAUAUUCCGUCAAGUGAUGCGUUUAGACAAAUGGCAUGCGAGAAGAAAUGUUUGAUGAAUUAUAUAUUAAAUUAUUCUUCUCACACUCGGCAACUAUUGUUGAAUAAUUACUGCGAUAAAGUCAUGGGCAUUAUGUGGCAUUUUUAAUCAGUUCCAAUUGUUGUGAAUUUUUGCAUGGUGACUGUACGGCCUUGCAUUUCAGUUUGUUUAGACGUUUGCCAGUUUUAACCUUGUUAUGUGAAAUUGUCCCUGAACUAUCAUACUUAACAUUAGAGAAAAGCAUUUCCCCAUAACCUUUCGAUGCUUUAAACAAACACAAAAAACAUCUAUCUCACCUUGUGACCUAAGAGUUCCUAGCUGGUCUCAAGAGGGAGGAUUUUAUCAUCCAAACACGAUUUUAUCCGUUUUCAAGGUCUUCAAUUGUAAGUGAUUUACCCAGUUAAAUAUCGGUGGAUUAUGAAAGAAAUUGCACCUUUCGACGCUAGGCCUGUGAAAUUGGAGUGUGGAGGAGUUAUGGGAUAUUCUUACACUGCUCUGGUUUGACUGUCUGGCUUGUGUUGAGAUGUAGGCUUAGAGUUCUAUUCGAUGAUUACGCUCUGGAUUUUCCACGCUUUUUGAUAAAAGCCCCUGUUCAAUCACUACUUGAGUUCGGUUGAAAAUAGUUUGCAGGAAAUUAAGAGUUUCUGUUUUGAUGCUAUUGGUAUCGACACAAGAAGUAUAAAUUGUGGGUAAACACAUAACUUGAGAACAAACCCGUUAUGGAAGAAAUAUACAGAUUAUUUAUUUUGAAAUAAAUUCGAGAGUCAUUGUAAUGAAAGAAAGGUCUAUAAUUAGGUAUUUAUUAGUGAGACACAUUCAAUAUCCUAUUUAGUUUAUUAGACUGAUGGAACGAAGUUGAUAUGAUAUAUUAUGGAUGAAAUAAAUUUAUUUGGCGUUA